AGGGCUCUAUUGCUCACCCUUCAAAACCAAUUUCACUGACAGAUGGUAAGAGUACUGCUGGGAAUUUAAUUGCCUAUCUUAACUUAGGAUUGUUGGCAGUAGGAUUGAGAACGCAUCGAUGGCUCUCUAUAUUCUGAUUAUCUCUUGUUUCGCCAGCAGGCGCAGACGAGUGACAAGGACAAUGGCGUCUCCGGCCAAUUUACUCUCCCACAACAGCUGGGCCGUGACCAAGAACGACAACCUGCUCAUCCAGAGACUUAACUUGGAAUGCCGCUUUUCAACGUGUUUCUCGGGGACAGUGGAACGGACAUUCCCAACGUCAGGAUCUCGACUGACCCAGUGUGCCUUAUAUAAGGCGGCCUUACAUGCUGACGAAGCCGGCUUACAGGUUAUCGAGGAAAACAUAGACCACAUAAACAACGAUAUUGUGGUUGACAAAUGCUGCCCUCGACACGCGGACAUCUUCGAACGCCAUCCCUUCGCUAUCGGGUCACGACGUGAAGACCAUUGGUCUCUGGUCAGCUACAUGGUCCGAAGAGGUCACUGUCCAUGCUGGCCAAGAAGGUCGUGUAAGGUGACCGCCAGGAAAAGACUGGUCCACAUAGCGGCUGCCCAGGGACAUCACUGGUUUCUCAGAUAUCUCAUUGACAAAGGUUCAAGCGUGAACUGCUCCACGUCUCCCAUGAACUACACGCCUUUGUUCUUAUCAGUCACACGGAAACACAGACCCAUUACGCAGCUGCUGCUCUCCGAAGGCGCCGACGUCAACGCCAAAACGUUCUCAGGGAAGACGCCGCUGAUGGCGGCUAUUGCUUUGGGCGAUAUAAAAACUGUAGAGUCUCUUCUGUUUUCACAUAACUGUGACGUUAAUGAAGCAUCCAGGCGGGGUAUUACGGCCCUAAAGGUGGCCGGAUGUUGUAACAAUGUUGAAUGUGCCAGGUUGCUGCUUCAGCGAGGGGCCUCUCCGGACAUUGAAGAUGCUCAGGGACAGUCUCCUAUAUUCGACGCUGUACACAACAAUAAUGUUGAGAUGUUAAACUUACUGUUGAAGUAUAACGCCAAAGUCAAUGUCAACAGUCGACGAAACAGAACCCCACUUCAUUAUGCCUUAGAGAAAGAAAAUUUAGUCAUGGCGAAGAAGCUCAUGCAGAAUGGUGCUGACUGUAAUGUAAAGUGUAACGGAUUACCUUUAUUGAUGACGUAUGCACACAAUACAGAGGCGCUCCAAUUAUUGGUGGAUCAUGGUGCUGACGUCAACCUUCAGGAUGAUAAAGGGUACUCGGCCUUUCACGUGGCGGCCCUAUGUGGCUACAGGGAGGCCAUGGACCUUCUUUUACAGUCUGGUGCUAUCCAUGAUUUGUCAAGCUUUGACGGCAAGACGCCAUUGUCUCUGGCUUGUCAAGUGGGAAGAGAAGAUGUUGUGGAAAACUUGUUGGCUCUAGGUUGUGAUGUGAACAAGCAGGACAAAGGUGGAAAUACGGCUCUUCACUAUUCAGCAUUUCAAGGUAAUGAGUUGAUAGUGUUGGAUCUGCUCAAUGCUGGUUCUAAUGUGGAUGUACAGAACGUGGUAGGCGCAACACCCUUAUGGAAUGCGGUGUACAUGAACCAUCCCCACGUAGUACGAGAGUUUCUCUUGGCUGACGCUAGCGUCGAGUGCUGCAGCUCAGGUAUGCAACCUUCGGAAGUGGAAAUUGAAUGUCUGUAUCCAGAGCCUCGCUCUCUUCUUUGGGUCGCCAUUGACCAAUCAGCAGCUGAGAUCGUCAGGUGUUUGCUGGAGGCUGGCGUUCCAUUGUACCGGGAAUCGUGGAUCACAUCCGGAGACUUUCCAGCCUCUUUGAAGAUCACAAGUUGCCUUAAAGAUCUUCUUGCCAAAAUGGCCUCCAAGCCGCCAUCUUUGUUGGAACAGUGCCGCACCACUGUGAGACGUUAUAUCAAAGACAAAUCGGAUUUGUCUAUACGAUCAACUGUUGAUCAAUUAGUUUUGCCAAAGGUAUUAAAAUCCUUUGUUAUUCUCGAGGAUCUUUGA